AUUGGCCGCUACCCCUAGCCUGCGACCACCGUCGCUGCUCGCAGAAGCGUCUGACCAUCAUGGAUGACGUCUUCGCGGAGGUACCGUCUGCCAGUUCAGCUCCCCCCCUGCAGCGUACAAUGUCAUCGUUCUCCUUGGGCUCGAGGAACUCGAAGGGCACGCAGGUGUCGGACUCGGAUAGUGCGAGCGUGACUACGGGCAACACAGAGACUUCCAGGAGCGAGAAGUGGGGCUACCUUUUCAAGGACCAGGAGAAGGAACCGGAAUUCAACGCGUUGGACAGCGGCGUCCUGCAGAGCGGCGAGCGCAAGAUAUCCGUGAGUCCAGAGGGCAUCGAGACCCUCCCCCGCGAGCUGAACAAGGUCAAGGCGGGCAAGCCGAACACGCUGCGAACUACUCGCUUCACUUUUGUGACCUGGAUUCCCCUCAGUCUGAUGCACCAGUUCAAACGCGUGGCGAACAUCUACUUCCUCUUCAUCUGUGUGAUCGUGUGCUUCCCGUGGUCUCCGAAGACAUGGCACAGCAAGCUGGGCCCCUUCGUCCUGGUGCUGCUGUGGACUGCGUGCAAGGACAUGUACGAGGACCUGCGCAGGCGCCGCGACGACAGGGCCGAGAACUCCCAGGCCGUGCGGCGCCUCGUGAAGGGCAAGAACGGGCUCAAGGACCGCUUCGAGGAGGUCACGUGGAAGGACUCUGGGGAGGACAAAAAGGUACCCAUACCGCGGCACCCGUGGGAAGUGCGGCACCCGUGGGACGCCACAGGUGAGUUCCGCCGACCGCGGACUGGCCCGUCGCUAGACGCGGGUCCAGCUGCCGUACGUUUGCACAGACGCAUGACGGCGGCACAUUGCUUCAUAUCCACGGUGAUGCUGGACGGCGAGACCAGCCUGAAAGAGCGCAGCGCGCCCAGCGUGUUCGAGGCGCUGAGCCGCGAGUGCGGCAAGAAGAGCCAGAACUGGCUGGCGAUGCAGGCGGAGAACGACGCAGGCGCCCCAGCGCGGAAGUCGGGCCAGAAAACGGAGCUGGCGCGCACAAAGUCCAUGGACAACGCCGAGGACGAGGCUGGCCGCAGCUGGAAGGAGAUGGAGCCUGAGUUCCACAAGUACUUCUCCACGAUGUGCCAGGUCGGCCUGGACAUUAAGCUGGCGGCGCCCACGCCAACGCUUCAAGACGUCCGCGGCGGGAUCCACAUGCGGAGCAAGGACGCUGCUUCUGGCGCAACGGCGGUGUGCCCUUUUGGGGAGAUCAAUUUCCUGCCCCGUGGCUGCGUCCUUAGGAACACUCCCUGGGUGCUCGGCAUUGCAGCUUACGUGGGCGACGACUCCAAAUGCCGGCUGAACGCGAUGCAGGGCCGCGUGAACAAGUUUUCCAAUAUGCAGGUGAAUCUGAACAAUGUAAUCGUCGGGUUGCUCGGCUUCCUUCUCGCUCUGUGCUCAGCGGCCACGAUCGUGUUCGUUGCAGGUGAGGGGACGCUCGCCGAGCCGACCGGCGAACACCCCAUAAUCAUGUUCUUCAACCUGUACGUGGUCUACGAGAUGCUGAAGCUGCUCCUCGGCUAUCUCCUGGCGUCCGACAAGCAGAUGGUCGACCCCGACACUGGCGAGGGUGCGCUCCCGCGAACCGCCGACUUGAUGGAGGAGAUGGGGCAGAUUAGCUUCAUAUUCUCCGACAAGACGGGGACACUGACCCGCAACGAGAUGGUCUUUGCAGAGUGCGACAUCGGCGGCACCGACAUGGGCGAGUUCCGCGGCAACGACGCGCCGGGUCUCCAGAAGGUGAAGCAGGUGUUCGGCGACGGCGAAGAGGGUGAAGCAGGUCAUGCCAGCACAGCCACGAGCCCGACGUUCCACAACAUGGUGGACUUCUUCACUUGCCUUGCGGUGUGCCACAGCGUGGUACGGGAGCGGCAGGCAGACUGCAAGCAGUCUGCGGAGCCCAACGGUGCGGGCAAUUCCUCUGUCAAGCCCACGGCGCUGUACUCUGGGGCCUCGCCGGACGAGGUGGCGUUGGUGGACGCGGCUUGCAAUGCUGGCAUCGAGUUCAAAGGGCGCAAGCGUAGGUACGCGGGCUCCUCUUCCGAGCUGAUCGUCCGAGGGCCUGGCAGUAAGGAGCGCGUCUUCGUGCAGCUCUUCGAGCUGCCCUUCAGCUCGGACCGCAAGCGCAUGUCCGUGAUCGUGAGGCACAAAGGCGACAUCUGGUGCAUCACAAAGGGAGCGGACUCGGUGAUGGAGGGGCUGCUGCGGGAGCCCCUCAGCGCCGACAGCCAGACGCACUUGAACACGUAUGCGGCGAAGGGUCUCCGCACGCUCAUCAUCGGUAUGAAGAAGGUUAGCCAGGAGGAAUGGGAGGAGUGGAGCGCGGACUACAUCACCGCCAGGGAGGUGAUCAACACCACCAAAGAGUCUGGGAUGGCCGCCGUGGCGGCGAGGAUCGAGAAGGGCCUGAAGUUCGUCGGCAUCACCGCGGUGGAUGACCGGCUCCAGGACCAGGUGCAGGAGACCAUCAGCUUGGUGAAGGAGAUGGGCAUCCGCCUGUGGGUCCUCACUGGCGACAAGACCGAGACCGCGGUGGACAUCGCCCGGUCGUGCAGCCUCUUCACUAGCUCCACGACCCUGGCCUACGCCGUGAAAGGCUCGAGCGCAAAGGACGCCGAGGACCGGCUGCUCAAGGCGUACUCGGAGCUGGAGGGCAAGGCGGACGCCGGCAUCGUGCUCGACGGCCAGACCCUGCUUCACGCGCUGAAGAGCCCAGAGUGCCGCAAGGUCAUCUACGACUUGGGCAUGGUGAGCCGCUCGUGCAUCUGUGCGCGCCUGAGCCCCCAGCAGAAGCUGCAGCUCGUGCAGCUGGUGCGCGAGCAGGAUCCGAAGACCAUCACGCUGUCCGUCGGCGACGGCGCGAACGAUGUCCCGAUGAUCUACGGCGCGCACGUUGGCAUUGCAAUCCGCGGGAAGGAGGGCACUCAAGCCAUGCAGGCGUCGGACAUCGCCAUUUCGCAAUUCCGGUUCCUGAUGCCACUGUUGCAGUGUCACGGUCGCCGUGCCUACAGACGCGUGGCGAUGUUCUUAUGCUUUUUCUUGUACAAGAACAUUACAUUGAUCAUGCUGGACAUUGUGUGGAUGUUUCAGUAUAAAUUCAAGGGCCUGAUCGCAGUUCCGGAGUGGCUGUCCAUCAACUUCAACCCAAUCUUCACAUCUUUGCACAUGCUGCUCAUACUCGCCCUUGACAAAGACAUCUCCGACGAACAGGCGAACAAAAACCCAGCCUUGUACAAGGUCGGACCUGCCCGCAAGUUGUUCAACGUCAAGGUGUUUUCCAAAUGGGUGAUCCUCGCGUGCUAUCAUGGCGUCGUCUGCUGGACCAUUCCGUACACGAUCCUCGACCCCGACAUCGACAAUGUGGUCAAGACCGAGCCUUCCGACUUCUGGGUCUCCUCCGUCACCUCGUUCUCGUGCGUCGUCUUCGUGGUGUGCCUGAAGCUGAUGCUCGUCGCUCAGAACCCACUGGGCCUUCAUACUUGGCUUCCAACACUGAUUACCUUCGUCAUGUUCUUCAUCGUGAUAUUCUGCUUCAGCUACGUGUGGUUUGGCCCCACGAUGCAGCCCAACAUGAAGGGGAUGUUCGGCGACAUGAUCGGGAACAGCAAGGUGUACAUGUCGGUUGCCGCGGUCUGCCUGGUUGCGCUGACUCCCGACGUGAUAAUGCUUGUCACUGAGAAGCUGUUCUUCCCUUCUGAUCUGGACAAGGCUCGCCGUAGGUCGCGGCAGCUGUCGUCUCCCGAACAGUAGGUUGCUAGCCUCACGCUUUCCAGGCUUACGCAACAUUCGCCUCCGCGUGUACCUAGGGUUAAGUCGGGCGUGUCCCUCUACAGGAGGAAUAUUCAAAAAUAAGCCUCGCACGCCUGGCGGUGCCCGCAGGAACCGGCCGACUGGUGCUGGUCUGCGUGUCGCUUGCGCAGCGCUGCAUCGACCCAUGAUGGAGGGGUGGUGGUGGGUCCACGGGUCCACGGUAGGCUUCGGCGAGUUCGCUGGGGUCUGGAGGACCCCUCGCUGCAGUGAGCAUCCAGGAGCCCUGGGGCGGCCUCGGCGAGUUCGCCGAGGUCCGAGGGGCAGCCCCCUCCCUCCGCCGCUCCGAUCUCCGGCCGCCCCGCGAGGACGCAGAGUGGCGACGACAGCCCGUCACUCUGCGAGCCCUUCCCUCUCCGGCCACCUGGUGGCCCGCCCGGAUGCGAUCUGCAGCGGCAAUUAGCAGUGAUUUUCCUGUCCACUGGCGCGCCGUCCUGCAGUGUUCGGGCGCUGCGUGCUUCCUCCCGGGGGAGUCGCGCCGCCUCCCCUCGUCUCGCAGCACAGCGGGCAGCAGGCAGCAGGCUUGGGUAUGGGCUGCUCAGGGCUCUGCUGAGGCUUCCCCUGUGCCAGAGCUUCCGCGGGCUAGUACAGAGCGGCUGCUGCUGCUGCCCCUCCUCCGCCUCGCCUGCCUCCGAAGUCACGGUCCCCGUGCCGCCCGGGGGCCGCGUGGUGGGGAACACCAGCUGCGUCGACGUCGCUGGUGGGGCACCGCCCGUCGGGGGUCGUCGGGCCCGUCGCUCACUCGGCAAGGGCCGGAGCGAGGCUCGAGGCCCGCAAUCAUCUCCAUUCGGUACCAUCGGCAUGGGUACGGAUGCAACGGGCGCAAAGGCCAACAUCAGUUUCUGCCCAGUCUGAGCAGGGUUCGCCGUUGGCGAGGCUGCGUUUGCUGUCCGUUCGAGACAGGAGGCCGCCCGCCCAACAGCGGCCGCUGUCGGUUUUGGGCAACAUCUGUUGUUGGGCAUUGUGCCCAUUCUUUCCCGUAUCUGUUUCGGGCGUCCAAAUCCAUGGCCUUCGGCCUCGGUUUCUUCCCCUCAGUGGGGAGGUGGACGGACUUCCUAUCCUAUUUUCGCGGGCCGCCAUGUCGGGAAAUCUUGCCGCCCGGCCCGCGUCAACAGUUUCGCAACGCCGAACUGGCGC